CUGAGGCAUCUGGGGAUGCGGAGGAUGCGGGAGCUGUGAAUGUCCAAGGCGUGAGGAGCCUUCGAGUCAAAUUAUGGCUGUUACUGCUAGAACUAGAGGUAAUUAUCGAAAGCUUGAAAUAGUAACCGAGUUAGUGACUGACGUAAGGUUAAGGAAGGCAGCUUUGACAGGGCUACUCGUUCUUGUUCAGUAUCUCGGUUAUUCUGAUCAGUUACCUGCUUACUUCAGUUAUUACCGAAUACUCUUGCUACUAGUAUUAUUUGUGGCCGCAGAUAGAGGACUGACCCACAGUGACAGGAUGGUGAAAAUCAGGCGCAAUUGAAUAGACCAGCGGGGAGGCCCUCUGACCUCUGUUACACAAAUUCACGACGCUCACGUCUUUGUUUCACGAUAGCACUUCCAAUGCAAAGAAAAGUGCUACUCCUUCACGAUACACGUUUUCUUGCUAGUAACUAGGAUUCGAUUUUCUUGCGCUCCUUGCGAGGUGCGCGAAGCUUCUUGAAAGGCCUUCUCCCCUGACAGUCCGUCCAGGAACAGAGGCGGCACGACAUGGCAUUUCUUGCCUCUUCUUCUUCUUCUUCUUCUCCUUCUUGUUUCUUCUGUUCUGCCUGAUUCCGCAGUGGUUAGCUUUUCUUCUUGGUUCUUCUGUUCUGGCUGAUUCCGCAGUGGUUAACUUUGACUACUCCAAGAAGAGACGCGACUUUUACUAGGUGUAGGCCAGGUGGAGAAGUAUUUACUUCGGAAGAAGCAAGCCAGGAAAACGUUUCAUCAGGACGAACGUCCCGUGUUGGAAGGGAAAGUAGAGCCCUCCACCUGUUGCUAGUUUGCGAAGUGGAUAAAUCUGAAGGCACUCUUCUAGCAGCCCCAGAAUACAAGAAAAAACGCAGCUUCUACAGCACACUUUGAAAGUAAAUGCGCGUCGAAAACUGAAGGCUCUAACCAACGUGGACCCAGACUCGGCAGGCGUCAAAGAGCGCGGCAAGUCUGCACUGCGAGGUGCCUGGAAAAUAAUGGCUCGACGAGAACAACAAGACGAAUCACCA